GUCAAAACUGACUACCUUUCAUCCUUCCGUCAAAGUCUGAUCAAAAUUUACAGGUUUUAAAAUCAAAAUAAAUAGUUUGUAAUGUACUGUGUGUCUCCGUUUAAAUAAAUAAACCAAAUGUAACCCCUCAAAACAUGUCUCUGCUGCAUUCGCUAGUAUCCCUUUUCAAAGAGACCUUAUUGUCAGCCCCCGUUAACUACACCAGUAGUAUACUGGAAUUACUUGUCAUGCAACCCUUGGACACAAUCAAAACUCGAAUACAACUGACGCCUCCUUGGCAUAGACCAGGUGGAAUCAUCUUUUAUACUCGAAAAAUCUAUAAAGAAGAAGGUAUUCUCAGCUUUUGGAAAGGGCUUACCCCAGGAAUUAUUGUGAGCAUACCAAGACGAGCUGCCAGGAAUAUAUCAUAUGAUAAGUGUGUAUCGUUAUUCACCUUCGAUGAGGAUGGGCCGGACUAUACUACAUACGCAUUGUCAGGGUUCGUAGCAGGAGUGCUGGACGCAGUUAUAAUAAACCCCUUCGAAGUUGUCAAAAUAGUCCAGCAACUCGAUGAAUCUAGUCUAAAAAUGGCACCAAAGCUAAGUAAAGUAGUUAACGAAAUCUACAAAUCAGAAGGUCCUGGAGGAUUUUUCAAAGGAACACAUGUCUCACUGAUCCGUGGAGGUCUCUUUAAUAUGAUUUUUUAUGGAAUCUAUGAAGCUUUACAACAAAUACAGCCUAUAAGGGAUACCGAACCUGAGCUUCUACGUCAAGCGAAAAUAGCCAUGAAAACAGGUGUUAUUGUUACGCUGGUGGUAUACCCUCUCGAUUUAGUGAAAUCUUAUGCUCAAAGCAACUGGGAUGGCUAUUCGUGUUGUCCAAAACAGUUUCGCAGAUACUCAAUUGGUGACAUAUUUAGACACAUUGUUAGAAUGCAGGGUUUUUGGGCAAUCUACAAUGGCCUUUUAGCCCGUUUACUACGAGCUCCUUUAGGGGCAGCUAUGGUAUUGCUGUCAUAUGAAAAUUUAUAUGAGUAUCUGGAAAGAGAGGCUUAAUUAUUCCGGAAAGAUUCUGAAUUGUAACAUAUACGAUUAGGGUCUCAGGGUUUAGAUUGCAACUAUUUAGAUUGUUUCCAUCGCAUUGGUAGGUACGAAUCCAUUGCCUGUCGUCGAUUGGGGGUGGGUAAAAAGUGUUAAUUCAUUAUUGAAUAAUAAAUUAUAUAUUCUAAUAUUUUUCGAAAUAAGUCAAAUUCUUAGUUUUCCCUUUGGGACGAAGAUAUCAACGACAUAUUGGAUAAUGUCAAUGUCGGUCUGCCGCGAAACGUUAUAUAAGAUAGGUCCCCAAAUGGAUCCUUGUGGUACACCUGAUGUUACCGGCAAGAGAUCGAAAAAUUUAUUUCUCA